GAUGAUACAAGAGGGAAGUUAUGUAAAAGCAACAUGAAUAAUUGCUCAGAUACCAAUGAGUUAAGCUUAUUUGGGUCGUGUUAUAAAUGCCCUGGCUAAUCCUAUUGACGGUCGGGGUGAAAUUUCAGCUUCUGAAUCUCGGUUAAUUGAAUUUCUUGCCCUGGGUAUUAUUUCGAGACGUUCUAUUUAUGAGCCUUUUCAAAUGGGACUUAUUACUAUUGAUUCGAUGAUCUUAUAGGACAUGGUCAAUGAGAAUUAAUUAUUAGGGAUAAACAAACCGGUAAAACAACAGUAGCCACGGAUACCAUUCUCAUUCAGCAAGGGCAAAAUAUAAUAUAUGUUUAUGUAGCUAUUGGUCAAAAAGCAUGUUUUGUGGCUCAAGUAGUGACUACUUUCCAAGAAAGGGGAGCGAUGGAGUACACUAUUGUGGUAGCCGAAAUGGAGGAUUCCCCAACUACAUUACAAUACCUCGCUCCUUAUACAGGAGCAGCUUUGGCUGAAUAUUUUAUGAAUCGUGAAUUACACACCUUCAUCAUUUAUGAUGAUCUUUACAAGCAAGCACAAGCUUAUCCAGGAGAUGUUUUUUUAUUUGCAUUCACGCCUUUUAGAAAGAGUCGUUAAAUCAAGUUCUCAGUUAGGUGAAGGAAGUAUGAAUGCUUUAUCAAUAGUUGAGACCCAGUUCGGAGACGUUUCGGCGUAUAUUCCUACUAAUGUUAUUUCCAUUACAGAUGGAAAAAUAUUCUUAUCUGUCGAUAUAUUCAAUACCGGAAUCAGACCUGCUAUUAAUGUGGGGAUUUUCGUCUCCAUAGUAGGAUUCGCGGCCCAAAUUAAAGCUAUGAAACAAUUCACUUGUAAAUUAAAAUUGGAAUUGGCCCAAUUCGCUGAAUUAGAAGCCUUUGCGCAAUUUGCUCCUGAUCUCGAUAAAUCUACUCAGAAUCAAUUGGCAGGAGGUCAACGAUUACGUGAGUUGCUUAAACAAUCCCAAUCAGCCCCUCUUACGGUGGCAGAACAGAUAAGUACUAUUUAUACCGGAACGAAUGGUUAUCUUGAUUCAUUAGAAAUUGGACAAGUAAGGAAAUUUCUCAUUGAGUUACGUACUUACUUAAAAACGAAUAAACCUUAGUUCCAAGAAAUCAUAUAUUCUACCAAGAUAUUCACUGAGGAAGCAUAAACGCUUUUGAAAGAUGCUAUUCAGGAACAAAUGGAACGUUUUCGACUUCAGGAACAAUUAUAAAUAGAAAAUUCUAACUUACUUAAAU